CCUACACUAAGCAAAUGGGCUUUGGCUCACCACCUCCUAUAGGAAGUAGGUCCCGCAAGAGGACUGAGGAGGUAGGCCCCAGUGGUGGGGAACAAAGGAAGAAAAGGAAGAAUGACCCUUCCACGAAGAACAUUAAGGCCAAGAAUAUGACGUUCGAGCAACAAGUUAAUAGGCCCACCCUCAGGCCACACAAUGACGUGGUCUGA